UCUUUGUUCUUCGGCUACCAUGUUGAGGAUGUGACAGUUGUUGGUCAAUCACUGAACCGCGUUUGGAUUUCAAUUGCUCUUUGUUAAUUGUAUGUUGUUUUACAUCAUAGCAACCGAUCCCUUGCAUUUUGUAGACACUCUGUAAUUGUAUUGAUGACUUCGCAGAACUCAGGGCAUAACUGCUGCGAUGUGAGGAAGCAGACAUCAACUAUAUAUGAGUUUGGCAUAUGAGUCGGACUGUAUCCCAGCACGAAAAAUGUCAAGUUUUCAACGUGAAAGCUAUGAGAAUAUGUUCGCUUUUGAUUGUGCAUAUCAAAGAUUCUUAACUCGCCCAAUAGUUCAAGCGAGUUCUACUGGGCACGAAAAAUGCGCUUGGACAUUCGUAAGGUCACUAGAACAUGACUCUGACCUCAGUCAUGUGAUCGUUCACAAUGUGACAUAUUCAGAGAUAACCUACCGAAUCACUUCAGUACAAUGUAAGUUCAUCACUCUCACAACAUCUCGAACGUUACAAUUGUUUUGGAACACAACCUCUACUACCCUAUUUCUACAACAAUGAGUUCCUUCGACUUUCCCGGCUUCCCCGGCUUUGGUCGUCGCACUAUUCGUCGCACGAACAGACCAUUUGCAAGACGCUUCAACCAUACAUAUGACAGCAGCAAUGACUCCGGUCGGACCACUCCUGAUUCCUCAUAUGAAACUUUUCGCGAUCGCUCUGGGCACCAUGAGUACUACAGGCCUGAUUAUAUCAGAUCGCAUAGAACUCGU